UUUAUCGCUGCCAGCUCUAGGUUUGUCCUAUAAGACGCGCCAGGGUACUCUGCGGCUCCGGGAGGAGGGCGGGGCCACGCUAGUGGUUCCGGUUCGGCUCCAGCCGCCCCUCAGCUCCUUGCCUUGCCCCUCCCCUCCGCCUUCUCACCUCCCUCCCGCUCCUGGGAAAGAGAGAAACCACUGCUGCGGGUGGGUAGAGAAGCACUCGGCGCCUUGGGGAGGGAACCGCGCCCGCCUCUUUUGCGCCUUGCAGCACUGCUGGACCAGGUUACAAGAUGUUCACCUAAGCUUGAGACCUACUGACUACAUUUCCUACAGGAACUAAUCAAUGUUUUUUCAUCUCCUGGAGAUACAUUAGAAACAAAUAUGGUGCUAAAAGAACUCCUUACCUUUCUCUGACUACGAUUUAUUUGGACAUACUUUUGUAUUGAAGAGAAGUAUACACACUGAAGCUACUUGUUGUACGGAGAUUGUGUCCUGUAGGAUCAUGGACCAUCCCAGUAGGGAAAAGGAUGAAAGACAACGGACAACUAAACCCAUGGCACAAAGGAGUGCACACUGCUCUCGACCAUCUGGCUCCUCAUCAUCCUCUGGGGUUCUUAUGGUGGGACCCAACUUCAGGGUUGGCAAGAAGAUAGGGUGUGGGAACUUCGGAGAGCUCAGAUUAGGUAAAAAUCUCUACACCAAUGAAUAUGUAGCAAUUAAACUGGAACCAAUAAAAUCACGUGCUCCACAGCUUCAUUUAGAGUACAGAUUUUAUAAACAGCUUGGCAGUGCAGGUGAAGGUCUCCCACAGGUGUAUUACUUUGGACCAUGUGGGAAAUAUAAUGCCAUGGUGCUGGAGCUCCUUGGCCCUAGCUUGGAAGACUUGUUUGACCUCUGUGACCGAACAUUUACUUUGAAGACGGUGUUAAUGAUAGCCAUCCAGUUGCUUUUUCGAAUGGAAUAUGUGCACUCAAAGAACCUCAUCUACCGAGAUGUCAAGCCAGAGAACUUCCUGAUUGGCCGACAAGGCAAUAAGAAAGAACAUGUUAUACACAUUAUAGACUUUGGACUAGCCAAGGAAUACAUUGACCCUGAAACCAAAAAACACAUACCUUAUAGGGAACACAAAAGUUUAACUGGAACUGCAAGAUACAUGUCUAUCAACACGCAUCUUGGCAAAGAGCAAAGCCGGAGAGAUGAUUUGGAAGCCCUAGGCCAUAUGUUCAUGUAUUUCCUUCGAGGCAGCCUCCCUUGGCAAGGACUCAAGGCUGAAACAUUAAAAGAGAGAUAUCAAAAAAUUGGUGACACCAAAAGGAAUACUCCCAUUGAAGCUCUCUGUGAGAAUUUUCCAGAGGAGAUGGCAACCUACCUUCGAUAUGUCAGGCGAUUAGACUUCUUUGAAAAACCUGAUUAUGAGUAUUUACGGACUCUCUUCACAGACCUCUUUGAAAGGAAAGGCUACACCUUUGACUACGCCUAUGAUUGGGUUGGGAGACCUAUUCCUACUCCAGUAGGGUCAGUUCACGUAGAUUCUGGUGCAUCUGCAAUAACUCGAGAAAGCCACACACACCGGGAUCGGCCAUCACAACAGCAGCCGCUUCGAAAUCAGGUGGUUAGCUCAACCAAUGGAGAGCUGAAUGUUGAUGAUCCCACGGGAGCCCACUCCAAUGCACCAAUUACAGCUCAUGCCGAGGUCGAGGUAGUGGAGGAAGCUAAGUGCUGCUGUUUCUUUAAGAGGAAAAGGAAGAAGACUGCUCAGCGCCACAAGUGACCAGUGCCUCCCAGGAGUCCUCAGGCCCUGGGGACUCUGACUCAAUUGUACCUGCAGCUCCUGCCAUUUAUCAUUGGAAGGGACUCCUCUUUGGGGGAGGGUGGAUAUCCAAACCAAAAAGAAGAAAACAGAUGCCCCCAGAAGGAGCCAGUGUGGGCAGCCAGGGCCUAGUGGGUCAUUGGCCAUCCCCGCCUGCCUAAGGCUCUGAGCAGGUCCCAGAGCUGCCGUUCCUCCACUGCUUGCCCAUAGGGCUGCCUGGUUGACUCUCCUUCCCAUUGUUUACAGUGAAGGUGUCAUUCACAAAAACUCAAGGACUACUAUUCUUCCUCCCCUUAGUUUACUCCUGGUUUUUACCCUACCCUCAACGCUCUCCAGCAUAAAACCUAGUGAGCUAAAGGCUUUGUCUGCAGAAGGAGAUCAAGAGGCUGGGAGUAAGGCUAAGAAGGUAGGAGGAAAAUGGCAAACCUAGGCUGGAGAACUCUGUGUCUCCAGUGUGCCUGGCAGUAUGGUUUCCUCUUCCUCUGUGCCUGUGCAGCAUUCAUCCCAGCUGGCCAUGGGGUUCAGGUUCCUUCUUCCCUACCUCCUGUGAAGUUACACUGUAGGACACAAGCUGUGAGCAAUCUGCAGUCUACUGUCCGUGUAUGUUGGCGUUCUUAGCUUUCUUGACAAACUUUUUCUCCAGGUGGUAGUAGGACAAUGAAAAUUGUUCUGAGCAAAGGAAAGAAAACUGACUUUAUUGCACUUUUAGUUUUUUUAAAAAAACAAAAACAAAAACAAAAACAUGCAGAUGCAUAUUGUGUCUGGUAUUUGGGGUUUUACUUUUAUCUAUUUUGAGGGGGAUGGGGCCAGCCAAGCCAUUCAGAGAGAACAUGGGUCCAGAGGACAUUCUCAGUGGAAAGAGUUUGAUCUGCAGCACCCAGAAGAGAAGCCAAACUUGGUGUCAUUCUGAGUGAACACUCAGGUUGACAAGAAAACAUACUUGAAUUUUCAUUCAUCUUCUCAGCAGCUGAAGAAUGUCCCUACCAGAGCAUCUUGACCUAAUCAACUUACAGUUUGAAAACCUAGCUCUCCAGCACAUGAGAUGAGCCAGCCGAGCCAGACUGUGACCAGAAAACAGCUUAUCCCAGAGACGAAGAUGCUUAACAAAAAAAGUUGAAAUUGUUUCCUCUGCUGCCAGGGACUUCCAGCUAGAUAGCUAUGUAACUUCCUGGUGAUCUGAGGGACAAAUUAGUGAUGGAACAGCCACCACCAUAUUGCUAUUAGUGGGAAAAAAGAGGAGGAUGGUAAACCUGCCUUCCACCUGCCAGAGGAGCCUCGGGGUAUGGCAUUAUAGGGCCAGGAAAAGGAAAUUGGUGUAUCCUGUCUGCCCUAAUAGCUGAGCUGUAGCUGGCCCGCCUUAUCAGAAACCAAGCUCAUGAAGCUCUUCUCCCAGCAGGUCCAUAGCAGUAGGCUUAGGAUGCAGUAUGUGGGGCUGCAGUUAAAAGGAGGGAAAGAUUGAUUGGUGCUGGAACAUUCCAGGGAAAAGGAGACUGGCGCAAAAGGUCUGAAAUUAUCUUCUCAAUUGGACAUACACUCCUUCCAGAAAAGUGGCCGUGCUUCUGAGCAUGUUUUCGCCCUAUGCCCUCUGCGUCCCCCCAUGGUGUUUUCAUAUGAGGUACUACUGUGAAGGAUCUUGGUUCCUCAUUCACUGUUUGACAAGUUUUUCAUGUGUGGAGUUACUCUUCUCAUGCCCAAUUUUCAUUUGAGUUUAGUGGCUUCACCAAACAAUGACUCCUCAUUGCAGAGGUGACAGAGGAGAAAGGGUCAUUUAUGUCAGGAAGGAGGUCUUGUAUCUGGGAGUAGAGCGCUAACUAUGGAGCACAAUGGCUGGUUGGUGACUUAGUCUGAUGUUUUGUGGAGCAUAGAAGUCUUCACGUCUGGCUUGAGGUGUAGGGCUGUCUUUUGGACUGGAGGGUGUGGGAUAUUUUCUGGUAGUUGGCAUUUCUUGAAAAUUCCCUUAAUGUACCUUACACAGAGCAGAAAUAGCAGCAUUCGCAUGGAUCAGAGGUACUGGGCUUCAUCUGUUCCAUUGGACCUUGGCUAGGAAAUAUCAUUUCACUGGCAUCAAACCUGCUUAGCUUAUGGAAAGUUGGUAAUAUGUCAUUUCUGUAAUUGUUUCUAUAUAUGAAACAUAGAGUGGCAGGAAGAUGCAGUCCUUUCCACAAGGACUGUGAAGAUUGGGAUUUGUGUCCUUGCCAUUACCUAAUGGUUACAGCCCUGUCACUAAAAUUUACAUAGUUUCUCAGUUGUGAUUUGAGCAACUCUAACUUAUAGAAAGUUUAAUUUUUUCUCAUCCCUGUAUAGAAAAUGCCUUGCCUCUCAAGAGAUGGCAGAGUGGGGCCGGGCAGAGUGGGUCUGGGCAUGGUGGCUCACACCUAUAACCCCAGCACUUUGGGAGGCUGAGGCAAGUGGAUCACCUGAGGUCAGGAGUUGGAGACCAGCCUGGCCAACACGGUGAAACCCCGUCUCUACAAAAAAUGCAAAAAUUAGCCGGGUGUGGUGGCACACGCCUGUAGUCCCAGCUACUGGGGAGGUUGAGGCAGGAGAAUCACUUAAGCCUGGGAAGCAGAGAUUGCAGCGAACCAAGAUCACACCACUGCACUCCAGCCUGGGCAACUGAGUGAGACUGUCUA